AUGCACCCGUAUCUCCUCACCUACUGCCUUAUCGGAAGGCCAAGCAGCAGCGAGGACCCUGACCUUAGGACCGCACGGAAAACGUCCGGGCCGAAGGGUCGCGGAGGGAAGCAGAAGGUGAAGAAUGGAUCGCCCAGCACCAGCGACGGAAGCGGGUCGGAGACAAGCGGUGCGUACACCGACGUUGAUUUGUCGUCGAGCGCGAUUCGGAUGUUCGCAGGGGCCGGCGAAGUUCAAAGCCGUGCGCAGGUGAAGAAAGAGCACGCAGCUGUGGCGGCGGCGAACGCGCAAGAGCAAGCGCCGCGCGUCCAGCAGGCCCAUACAGGCAAGCUGGUGACGGCUGUGGAAGCUUUGUCGGCAGCCGUUGUGUCGAGGCAGGCUUUGGACGAAGAAGCCGCCCACAGGGCUCGCUGGGAUUACGCUCGCUUGGCCAAACAAGCUAAAAUCGACGACCUUAGGGGGAAGUUGGAGUUCACACUGGAAGGGCCAAAGGCGAUGGCACUGCGAGCCUCUAUAUCGGCCUUGUAUGACAUGGAUGACGCCGACUUCAUGCCCAAACCCAUCUCGGCCCCGACGCCACCCGCUGCAGGAGGUGCCCCCAGUACGUCCGCGUCUGCGUCAGUGUCAUCUGCAGCGCCACCGCCUGCCACUACUCCUGAGGUCACUGCCCUGCCUGCGUCCAUUACGACAUCACCUGCUGCUUCAACACCCGCGUCUGCGGCCGGGCUAGUGACCCUCCCUACGUCCGUGUCUUCAUCGCCUGAUACGCCAACGCCCACUUCCAGUGUCCGAGACGCUGCCCCCAUCGUUCUGGGCGCAACACGGGCCAGGACAAGGGCUAAUGGCCUCCCGGGAUUUACCGGGGCGCGGAAGAGGGGUGUUGGUGAUGUAGGACACGAAGAAAGGAGAGUUUGAAACACAAUCCCCUGAGAGGAGACAUAUUUUUUUGGCAUUGUGUUUUGGGAGCUGGUAUGCGUACGUUUUUUCAGUUUUCGCAAUGCUGUGUAGCGUGUAGAGGUCACCAGUCCCCGGCACCCACGUUUGUUUUGUGUUGUGUGCCGUGUUCUCUCUUGUAGACCAUGUAGCCCGCUUGUUUUUUUUUCUGCACGGGCUACGGCAGCAGCAGCAAUGUUUUU